AUGUCUCGUUUCCAAUUAAUAGAAAAUAGUUCUCAACCUGUUCAAAGUAUUGAUAUUAUUAAUCCAUCAAGAGAAAUUUUAACACAAAAUCAGGAAGGUAAUACUUUGGUAUGGUAUGAUACAUCAUUAAGAUUGACAAAUCAAGAUAUUAUCAAUACAAAACAAGCGUUGCGUUCUGUUAAUGAUUAUGUUCUAUUAUUUGAUGAUGAAGAAAAAUGCGUUCACUAUAUCAAUUCAAUACAUACUGAUAACAGUUUCAUGGUUAUAUUUGGUGCAAGUUCAACAACAUUUCUUCCACGAAUACAUGAAUUAAAACAAGUCAAAAUCAUAUGCAUAUUUUGCAUGAAUGGAGAAGCUUAUAAAUCGUUAUUAAAUGAUUACAGUAAAGUUAUUGGUAUCUGUAUUGAACAAGAACAACUUGUUACAUGUUUAAAAAAAGCUAUUCGCUCUUUUCUUCAAAAUCCAUCACUAAUUAGUUUAAUGAAAAACAACACGAAACAAGAAACUCAUUUAGAUGCAGUAUAUGCACAUGAUUUUAAAAAGCAACAAUUAAUCAAAAAUAUUAUUCUGAGAAUGCCACAAACACCACAAUCAAAACAAAAUUUCAUUGAUUAUUGUCGAUUCUAUUAUCAGGGUAAUCAGAAAGUAUUGUCAGACAUCGACUAUUUCAAUGAACAUUACGAAUCACCUUGUCACGCUAUUUAUUUCUAUACACGCGACUCAUUUGUGUAUCGACUUAUGAAUCAUACAUUUCGAAUUCAAGAUCCACAAUUACUAGAAAGAUUUCAUUUUUAUAUUGUCGAUUUAUCUCAAUCACUGAAAGAUGGUUUCGAAAAGUUGAAAACUUCGUCGUCGUCAUCUGAACAAAAAACACUUACACUCUAUCGUGGACACAAAUUUACAAAGGAAGAAUAUAGUCGAUUUCGUUUAUGUGAAUAUGUAACAUUCAAUAGUUAUCUUUCAACGUCAUCUAAUAUUGAAGUGGCAAAAUUGUAUUAUGAAACCGCCGAUAACCAAAUUUCCUCUGAAACAGAUCUAGUAACCGCAUUGUUUCUUAUUGAAGUAGAUCUGAUGUCGUUGAACAAUAAUACAGUAAUUUUCGCUAACAUAGCUGAAGAAUCUAAUUUUCCGGAAGAGUAUGAAUAUUUAUUUGAUUUCGGUGCAACAUUUGAAAUUAUUAGCAUUAAUGAUAAUAAUCGAACAAUUAAAAUGAUUAUCUCAGAUAAACCUCAUCAUGUAUCUUCGAUACAAUUAAAUAAUGCUUAUUUAUAUAAAUAUGCUUCACAAGAAACAAUUGAUCAAAUUGAUCAUGACCCACCACCGGCUAAUUUUGCUGAAUAUCUUGUAAAAAUUGAUAAAUCUCUUAAAAGAUUAGAUGCAUUUGAAGAUUUUAUUUUAAAGACUUCAAUUAAUGAUGAAAACUAUCAAACGGCAAGCAAGUGUUGUAUCGAAGGAUGCGAUCUCCCUCGUAUCGAUCCGAAUUCAUUGUAUGCCAGAGAGUGUCGUAAACUUAAUCCAGAUAAUCCAUAUACUGAUGAGUACACAAAUGCUUAUAAACAAGCGAUAAAAUAUUUUCACGCUUUUCAUAAUUAUACAUCGGAUGAUUCUAUUCAAUGGUCAUUACGAGCUUUGGGAUUUACGUAUUACAAGAUCGAUAAUUACGAACAAGCACAAAAAUAUUUUCUUGAAGCAUUGAAAGUAAAUCAUGAUCCUAUAAAUUUGGCAACAUGUCAUCAUUUUCUUGGUUGUAUAUAUGGCAAAUUAUCAAACUAUGUAGAAUCGAUGAAUUAUUUUAAUAAAGUAUUAGAAAUGAAAGAUAUCAUAAAACUACCUUUUAUAGCUGCUACUUAUUGUCAGAUGGCUAUUUUCGAAAGUCAAAAUAAGGAAAAAGAAUAUUUAUCACAACAAAUGACGAAAAAAGAAUACCUAUCAAAUGCAUUAAAUAUAUAUCAACAAACAAAUGAAGAAUUAUCUAUAUUAUAUUGUCGUAGCGAACUUUUAGGUUUAGAACAUGAGGCAACUAGAGAUAACUCUAUUAACAUAUUAGAUCAUUAUUUCAAAUAUUGCCAAGAUAAUCAAAUUGUAUCGAAACUCAUUGCUGAACUGUAUGCAAGUAUAGGCCGUGAAUGUUUCGAAUAUCUUGAUUAUGAUCAAGCAUUAGAUUGUUGCAUGAAAUCACUCUUACACGUUUCAAAUAAUGAAUCUUGUCAUAAAAUUAUAGCUCAUAUACAUAUCAGAAAGAAAAAUUCAGAAUUAGCUAUAGAAUAUUUGGAAAAAACUCUCAAAUUGAUCAAUGAUUCAAGAAAGAAGGUCACAUGGUUUUUGUUAAUAGGUAUGGAAUAUUUCAAACGAAAUAACUUUAAUAUGGCAUUAUCAUAUUUGGAAGCAAGUGCCUCAGAAUGCGAAAAACUUGGUUCUGAUACACAAUUUUAUAUUAAUAUGUUCAAAUUUGAACUUCAACGAAAGAGUCAAAUUCAAACAUGUAGAUUAUUUAUAAAACCACAUUGCCAAAAAACAAAAGCAUUAUAUUGGUACACUAGAGCUUUAAACUUUUCUUUAGAUUUCAUACAAUUGUUUCGAUCGGACAUUAUUUUCUUUUUCCAGUCAAUCGAUUUUAUUCUGAAGUCAAAUUAUACUGAACAAGUGAAAUAUUUGAUAGAAGAAAACAUUAAUAACAAUGAAAGUCAUCUGAAAAAAUUUAUCUUGGGAACAAUUUUUGAUAACUAUAUUACAAUGGGUGAUUCUCAUGAUGAGAAUAAUUUGUUUUAUUAUGCGAAAGCAUUAGAAAUUUAUGAUUAUCGAAAAAGCAUAGGAAUUGACCGUAAUAUUGAAGUAAUGUGUACAUUGAAAAUCAAUCAUAUUCUCAAAUCAAAUUAUUCAUAUGAUGAAUUAAUAAAUUAUAUUCGGGAAUUCCUAAGAAUAACAGAUUUACAGAUGGAAAUGCAAGAAGAAGAACAUUUAUUUUUUAAAAAUUAUUCUAUCGAAUUGCAAAAAAAUCAUCUUGCAAAAAUUCAUUCGUAUAUCGCAGAUGUAUAUUCGAAAGAAAAGACAUAUGAAAAAGCAAUAUUAUAUUAUGAUAAAUCAAUCAAAUAUUAUGAAACUUUUGCAUCAUUAUUUCAUCUUGAACUUGCUGAUUUAUAUAGCAAGAAAGGUGCUAUUAUUCAUACUCAACAUAACCUACAAAAAGUUACUGAUAGUAAUAUUAUAUCUCAAACAACAGCACAUACAUUAUUCGAAAAAGCAUUUGCAACAAUCAAAUAUGAAGGACACUGUAACGGUUAUUGA